CAAAAAAUGACAAUGCCGGAAGAGUUCGCUCUGAAGCAAACAGCUCCUAAGAUCGCCGGCUCCGGCUUCAUCCGCGGCGGUGACAAGCUAGUCUGCGCCUACGAUCUCGUUGAGCAGAUGGAGUAUCUCUACGUCCGCGUGGUGAAGGCGAGAGACCUCCCCGCUAAAGACCUGACCUCCUCCUGCGACCCUUACGUGGAGGUCAGGCUCGGCAACUACAAGGGCGUCACCAAGCACCUUGAGAAAACAUCCAACCCCGUCUGGAACCUCGUCUUCGCCUUCGCGCACGACCAGCUCCAGUCGUCCCAUGUCGACAUUGUCGUGAAGGACAAGGAUCUCGUGCUGGAUGACUUUAUCGGUAGCCUCACUUUCGACCUCGUUGAUAUUCCGAGGCGCGUCCCUCCUGAUAGCCCUCUCGCGCCUCAGUGGUACAGGCUCGAUGAGAGGAAAGGGGAGAAGGUGAAGAAGGGGGAGAUCAUGGUUGCGGUUUGGAAAGGGACUCAGGCGGAUGAGGCCUUCUCUGAUGCUUGGCAUUCUGAUGCGGCUGCGGUUGGGAGUGAUGGAGUUUCGAGGAUUCGGGGGAAGGUUUAUCUGUCUCCGAGGCUUUGGUAUUUGAGAGUUAAUGUGAUCCAAUGCCAGGACUUGGUUCCAGCUGACAAAACUAGGCUGCCUGAGGUUUGUGUGAAGGUCAUAUGCGGCGGCCAGGCUAUCAAGACGAGGAUUAAUAAGGGUGUGAAUCCGACUUGGAACGAGGAUUUGGUGUUUGUUGUUGCUGAGCCGUUUGAGGAGCCAUUGAUCAUGACUGUGGAGAACAGGGAUGAGGUGUUGGGGAGGUGUGUGGUGUUGCUGAGCACUGUGGUGAAGCGUCUCGACAACAAGGCGGUCCCGGCCAAGUGGCUUAACCUCGAGAGGCAUAGUGGCGAGGCGUUGAAGAAGGAGGUAAAGUUUGCUAGCAAGAUUCAUCUCAGGGUCAGCUUGGAUGGGGGGUAUCAUGUGUUGGAUGAGUCCACUUAUUAUAGCAGUGAUCACAGGCCGAGUUCGAAGCUGCUGUGGAAAUCGACCGUUGGAUUGCUCGAGGUUGGGAUUAUUAGUGCCACGGGGCUACCGCAUAUGAAAACAACGAAAGAUGGACGUGGAACGACGGAUGCCUAUUGUGUGGCAAAGUAUGGUUCGAAAUGGACAAGGACGAGGACGAUCAUUGACAGCGGUUCGCCUAGGUGGAACGAGCAGUACACGUGGGAGGUUUUCGAUCCGUGCACUGUGAUCACGGUGGGGGUGUUCGACAACGGCCAUCUUCAGGGAGGGAAGGAUGCGAGCAUCGGGAAGGUGAGGAUCAGGCUGUCGACGCUUGAGACAGAGCGUGUUUACACCCACUCGUAUCCUCUGGUCGUGUUGAAGCCUUCCGGUGUGAAGAAGAUGGGGGAGCUGCAUUUGGCAGUCCGGUUUUCGUGCUCCUCCUAUCUAAACAUGCUGCAUAAGUAUACACAUCCACUGCUUCCCAAAAUGCACUACGUUCAUCCCUUGUCUGUGAUGCAGCUGGAUGCGCUGAGGCAUCAGGCCAUCCAGAUAGUCUCGUCGAGGCUGGGGAGGUCAGAGCCGCCACUGAACAAGGAGGCGGUCGAGUACAUGCUCGACGUAGGGUCGCAUAUAUGGAGUGUGAGGAAGGCCAAGGCCAACUUUGUGAGAGUGAUGGGCAUCAUGAGUGGGGUGAUGGCUAUUGCAAAGUGGUUUGAUCAGAUAUGCCAUUGGAGAAAUCCUUUUACCACUCUUCUGAUUCACAUACUUCUUGUGAUACUAGUGCUCUAUCCUGAGCUAGUGUUGCCUACUUUUUUCCUCUACUUGUUUUUCAUCGGCAUUUGGAACUACCGGUGGAAGCCUAGGCACCCGCCGCACAUGGACAUAAGGCUGUCUCAUGCAGAUGCGGUGGGGCACGAUGAGCUGGACGAGGAGUUUGACACGUUCCCAACGUCCAAGGCGCCGGAUCUUGUGAGGAUGAGGUAUGAUAGGCUGAGGAGUAUAGGGGGGAGGAUACAGAGUGUGGUGGGGGACUUGGCGAUGCAGGGGGAGAGAUUUCAGUCUCUGUUGAACUGGAGGGAUCCGAGGGCGUCGGCGUUGUUCGUGGCGUUCUGCUUUUGUACUGCGUUCGUGCUCUACGUGACGCCACUGCAGAUCGUGCUGCUGGUGUCGGGGUUCUAUAUGUUAAGGCACCCCAAGCUCCGGAGCAAGACUCCACCCAUCUCUACUAAUUUCUUCAAGAGGUUGCCUGCCAAAUCGGACCUCAUGCUGUGAUCAACCUGCCUCAUAAACUAUUGGAUUUUACUAGGAUUUGGAUUUACUAUCUAGUUAUGAUAUAUGUUAUUGAUUGAAUUCACAGCAAUUAUUAACC